AUGAAGUUCUCCCUCAAGAGGACUCCCGCCCUCAUAAAACGGGAUAUUCUGUGUCUGUUCAGCAGCAAAGCGCGCACAGAGAAGCGUGCGGAUGAAGACCAACAACGCGCGCGUUUGGAGAUGAAGCCGUGUGCUGAAGUCCUCGCAGUCAGCACCACUCCAGCUCGAGAGCAGGUGCCACAGACUCCCGUUCGCUCUCCGAUUGCACCCACCGCCUCACCCAAGACCAUUGAACCAUGGUCAGCCUCCAAGGACACUACCAACACGGCGACCUUCGACUCCGGCUCAAGCCCAAUCACUCCGCCAUCCACCGCCACCACAGGGUACAGCACUAGCCUUCCCACUACCUACGGUGCCGCUAUGGCUUUCUUCGACUAUUGGUACAAACAACAGCACCCGAACAUCAGCAUUCCCGAAUCAGAGCGCAACCUGUUUCGCGGCGUCAUCAUCACCCUCGCUAUUGCAUUGCUCAACUGCUUCGAGGAGCCCAUAUACUCUUCGCUGAUUGGUUUUCGACCUGAAGAAGUCCGCGUACCUUAUUCACGGCGUGCGCUCGAGCAGAUUCUCGCUUCCCUCACCGAUGACCGUAUCGAUGCUCAACGCCUCGCAGAAAACCUUCUCUCUGUCACCGGUCCCGAUCUUCUGGGCAGCCUUUCACCCCGCGAAUUCAUGACGCGCAUUGGGUACGCAAAGACCCGGAUCACCGAUCACGAAUCGUAUGCUCUUCACGAUGGGUUCCAUCGACUCCUGAGCGAAGAUCGCCAACUUUGUUAG